AACAUGUUAUGUCCACUAAAAGGAACUAAACACGAGAAUCCAUCCCCACAUUAUAUAUAAAUGUCCAAACAUCUUCAUGUGAAAUCCAGCCCUUCAACUUGAAGGAACACAAAAAGCGAAAGUUGCCCUAACCCUCACAUGAAACUGCCCAUGCCAUGCUUAAACAUGUCUAAACUAAAAGCAACAAUAUCACUAACCCUUGUUGCACUGUGUAUCUAGUGCAUUAUCCUUUUGCUUCUUUCAAGCUAGCUAACUUGCUACUUCAUUCGACUAUGGACCCAAGAAUCUCCUUCUCCAGUGAUUUUGUGGAUGCCCAGCAAGCCAUCAAUAUGAAGCGUGAAAACAUUUACAGAGAAGCUCCUGUGUCUUCGGAUUUCGAAUUCUGUGUGAAGAACUAUGCCAUGAUCUCAGCAGAUGAAGUGUUUUCCCAAGGCAUGCUUUUGCCCAACAACAAAUCCAUGACGUCCAAGAAGAUGACGACUACUCUGAGAGAUGAGCUUCUUGUGAGUGAUGACUCGUACGAUGACGUAUUGCCAAGAGUACCGAAGAGCUCAAGCAGAUGGAAGGAGAGGCUGGGCUUAAGAAAGAGUACUUCUAACAAGGAUAAGAAGAGUUGCAGUACCGAUGGGUUUCUGCAGAGAGUAGCUGAAAAUGAAAGGCCUAGCAAAGACAAUCAGGGACUAUUUUAUGGAGGUGGUCAGAAGAUGUGCUGAACUUUAUAUUAUUGGUCGAAUCUCCAGGAGGGAGUUUCAUUCUUGUGAAGAUUUUCCGAGGGGUUUGUUAGAAUUUGUGCUGACUUUAUUCACAAAAAUCUAGACUAGACUUGCAAAUUAAGUGAUGUUUCUUAUCCAUUAACUAGAAGUAGAAAGAUGCAUGGUACCUUUAGCAGUUUGAUCAUUGUACAAAUGUUUGCAGUAGUAGAUCGUUAUUGGUUUAUAUAUGUAAUAUGUCCAAUUCCUUAUGGAGGGAUCGACCACUCGU